AUGAAGUUUAUCAUUGUAGUCUCCCUGGCUCUUUACGCCUCGGCUCAUUACGCCUUCCCGUCUGUCACUUACAACGGGAAGACCACGCAAGACUGGGAAGUCAUCCGAAAGACGGCAAACUUCCAGUCCAGCGGACCUGUCACCGAUGUCACCAGUUCACAGAUGACGUGCUACCAGCUAGCGCCUGGCAGCCAAGGAGCUAAGGUUCUGGAUGUUACGGCUGGGUCUACUCUUGCUUACAACGUCAGAGCCUCCAUCUCUCACCCCGGCCCAGUCAACUUCUACAUGGCCAAAGCACCGGCUGGAACCAGCAUCACGAACUGGGACGGCUCUGGCAGGAAUUGGUUCAAGAUUUACAACGAUGGGCCGACGGUCGGUCCUGGUGGUUUGGCCUGGCCAACGAACGGCAAGACGACCAUCAACGUCCAUAUCCCCAAAUGUCUCGCGGAUGGCGAGUACUUUCUUCGCGUCGAGAACGUUGCCCUGCAUGGCGCCAGCAGUCCUGGUGGUGCCCAGCUGUACAUCUCCUGCGCUCAGCUUCGCGUCAGCGGGGGGACGGGCAUGUAUAAACCCAACCUCAUGUCGUUCCCUGGGGCAUACAGCGCGAACGAUCCUGGCUUGGUGGUGGUGCACCUCUGGCUUGCUGAGUAG